UUUAUAUACAUCUAAUAAAUAAAGAUAGUUCGUCUGUAUCUCAAGAUUAAUGUAAAUAUAAAGAUAAUAAAAUAAUAUAAAAACCCUACAACAUAGUCUCUAGUAGUCACUUGUAACUAGUGAGAGAAAUCAAAUAGAAAUGAAAUUCUUCAUUGUGUUCGCUGUCUGUGUCGCCGCGGCGUCAGCCCGCUUCAUCGUCCCCGACGUGGCUGCUGCAGAAGCCGCUGAGAUCAAGGAUAUCAUUGCGGCUAUCCAACAUCCCAGCACCGACCCUGCUACAGCUGCCGCACUUCAACAGUUGCUUGACAGUCUCCUCAACAACCAAGAAUCCCCCAUCGACGUCGGACCCGUCAUCAUUGACGAAGACUCGCCCAUCGACGUCGGACCCGUCAUUAUCGACGAAGACUCGCCCAUCGACGUCGGACCAGUCAUUAUUGACGAAGAUUCGCCCAUCGAUGUCGGACCCGUCAUCAUUGACGAAGACUCUCCCAUCGACGUCGGACCAGUCAUCAUUGACGAUUCUUCCGUAGGACCCUCUCCCUCAGUUUCUCCUCUGGUCCAGAUCAUCAUCAACGUCAACUCUAACGCUAACAAACCUCAGCCAGGCCCCGUCAUCGAUGACGAGAGUGAUGCUCACAUUCCUGACCAGCCCGUUAUCAUCGUCGACGAGCCCGAAAUCAUAGAAGAGCCCGUUGUUCCUGAGCAAGUUAUUGUUGUUCCUGUUGACCCCAACCCCGCCGCAGUCCUCCCAGAAACCCUUAACUAAAAAUAUUUUAAGGACCGAAUAUAACAAAACCCAAAUGUAUUAAUUAUAUAAUAAAUUUAUAUGAUCAUAGAUCUACUUUACUUUAA